UCGAAAUACAGUACAGUAUACAACAUCGUUUAUAAAAAUACACGUGCACGCUGAGUUUCUUGAAGAUAAUUGUGACAAGUUUACUUAAAAAAACAAUAAAACUUUUCGAAUCUGCAUAGGAAGAUUAUUAUUAUGAAUGAAUCUGUUUGUAUCAUUUGCAAUAAGGCAGAUGAUAAGCAAGUGUAUGCAAUAAAAAAAGCAGCUUUGAAUCGUUUAGUGGUAUCCAGCAAGAAAAGAAUCGACAAUAAAUACAAAAAAUUUGAGACUUUGACCUCAGCUUUUAUUCAUCGAAGUUGUCAAAGUCAAUAUAAUGACGAGACCGCAAUAGCUACAUUUUGUAGUUCAAGACAAAAAAAAGCAAAGGAAGGAAAAGAAGUAAUUAAAGAUGCUCUUGGAUUUAAUUUUGAAUCUCAUUGCUUUAUCUGCGGUGGAUUUUUCGGUAAUAUAUCAAAAGAAAAAAUUUCAUGUGUUCAAAGCAACGAUACAAGAAAUAAUGUAUUACAGUAUAUUAAAAAACAGAACACAUUAAAUGAUUUUGAUAAAAAGAUUUCAGCUCGUUUGCAAAAUGUGCCUGAUUUAGUCGCAGUAAAAGCGCAUUAUCACAAUGCUUGUAUGGCUAAUUUUUAUAACAAAAGAACAGAAAGAAAAAGGGGUCGCUCAGCAUGUGAAAACACUAAGAAUUUUAUUAGUUAUCUUAUUAAUUAUAUAGUUGACAACGAAACAGAAUGUCAAUUUUCUGUAAAUGAAAUAAAAGAGGGAUUUUCAGGAGAUCUUCCAGACUACACAACUAUUAAGAAUAAAUUGAAAGAGCAUUUUCAAAACGAUAUCGAGUGUCAUUUAAUUAAAAGGGACAUGAUUAUUUUAUACAAAAAUGGUACUGCAAGUAAGAAACUCUGCAAAGACUGGUACGAAAAAAGAUUAAAAAGUAAAGAAGACGAACGAACUAGAAUUGUUGAAAUGGCUGCUGACAUUAUUUUAGAAGAUAUACGUUCUAAAGUAUAUGAUAUGAAUUACUACGAAACUCUCGAUAUAGACGAAGGCAAUCUUUUUAAGGAUGUUCCUCAAACUUUGCAAGUUUUUUUGAAUGUUGUGUGUAAGAGUAAUAAAGAAAAAAGUAACAAUAACGUUCGUAGGAUGGAUAAAAAAGUGGCCACAAUGUCUCAUUGCAUCAUCACAUCUGUAAGGCCACGUUCUUUUUUAUCUCCAAUUUUACUUGGUUUGUCGUCUAUGAUUCACAAAAAAUAUGCCUUGAAAGGAUUGAUCGACUCAUUAUCCAAUUUAGGUUUGUGUUCCUCAUACAAAGAAACUUUGCGCUUUGAAGCUUCGAUUAUCAAGGACCCUGCUAAUCAUAUUGUUUCUCCAGAUUCAUAUGUUCAAUUCGUUUUUGACAAUGCCGAUCAUAAUACAUGCACGAUUGAUGGCAAAAAUACUUUCCAUGCAAUGGGUGGAAUAAUGGUUGUUACUCCAGCGUCUAGUGUUACUUCAAAGAAAAGCAUCUCUAGAUUAAAACAGAUUCCAUCUUCUGAAGAAAUAGGUGAAAUUGGAUUCGUGAAAUUGAAACAUUUUGAAAACAAAAACUCUGAUGGAUUAAAAACAGUUAAGAUAGAAGAUGUUUUAGAUGUUACGGACAACUAUGAAAUUUCUUCGGCAGAUUUUACAUGGACUUAUUCAAAAUUUGCAAACAACAAAUCCGAUGGUUGGAAUGGGUUCAUGGAGAAGAUACAUACUAAUUUGGCUUAUCAUGUUUCAAAAAUUAUUCCUGUGCCAUUUAUAAAAAAUCCACCGAGUGAUUAUAAUACUAUUUUUACAUCGUUGGUAGAAGCGGCAGAGCAAUGCCAAAAACAAGAGCAAAAAAUUGUGUUCGUAACGUUUGAUCAGCCGCUAUACUAUAAAGCUCGUGAAAUCUUGGCCAAUAUUGAUUUAAAUAAUGAUCCUUACAAUUUGUCCUCGAUUCAAGUAAGACUUGGGGGAUUUCAUUUAAUGAUGUCGUUCCUCGGAGCGAUUGGAUUCAUCAUGGAUGGUAGUGGACUAAAGGAGGCUUUUUGUGAAAUAUAUGCUGAAAAUUCGUCCGACAAAGCUCUCUCCGGGCACGCAUAUGCACGAGCUAUCAGAGGACAUUUUCUAGUACAACUCGCCUUGUCUGAAAUAAUUUUUUCAUCGAUGGAGUUAUCAGACACAGAAAAGGCGCUAAUGGAUACAUUUUUGCAGGAUUUAGGAACUGAAAAUUUCGAAGACAAUUUGCAUCAAGAUGAUUUUCAGAUCAUAAAAGAAAAAUUUAUCGAGCAUCUAAAAUUAGUACAAAAAAGAGGUCCUACCGCAAAACUUUGGAUGCAGUACUGGCAAAUGAUCUCAUUGGUUAAAGAUUUCAUACGGGCUGAACGUGCAGGUAAUUGGGAAUUACAUUUAAAAUGCGUGGAAAGAAUGCUUCCUUAUUUUCAUGCAAGUGGGCACUUUCUAUACGCAAAAUCUGCUCAUCUUUAUCUCCAAGAUAUGCGUAAGCUUAAAGACACAAUAAAUGAUGAUUACGAGUUUACGCGAUUCACUGAAGGAUUAUUUACAAUUAGAUGCACUGACAAGUUUUGGUCGGGAGUUUGGUCGGAUAUGACGAUCGAGCAAGUUUUGAUGAGAUCUAUGAAAACUCAGGGUGGACUUACACAUGGUCGUGGUUUGUCUGAAAGUGUUUUAAAAAAAUUCUUAUUAACAAUGAUCAUACUUGUCGAAGUUUGCAAUGCUAUGGAAAAUUUUUGUAAUGUUUCUUUUGCAACAACAGAGCAACACAUUGAUUCUAGGGAAUAUCGAAUAAAAAGAGAUGUAGCUGAUUUACAAAUAUUACAAAAAUUUUUUAACAGGUAUGAUCCUUUUCCAGAGACUGAUAACAUUAUGUCAAUAUUUUCUGGAAUUAUUGGCAGUAAUUCUGUAAAUUGCCAUGAAGCGUAUGAAGAAGGAAAAAAAUCUUUGCAAGCUAUUGUUGGAAUGAACUUUGGCAGUGUAAAAUUUAAAAGGAAAAACAAAGUCUUGUCUCUAAAAACAGUUCAAUCUUCCGUUAAAGUGAACGGAGAUAUUGUAGCUAUCGAUCCAUUAUUGUUGUUUCAAAGAAUAUCGUUAACCAUUGACAGUAAAAAAGAUAUGGAAACUUAUUUACAAUAUGAGCUUGCACCUUUUCCAUUGUCACUUUUUACAGAAAAUGGCCUCAGGAAAAAUGUAAAAUCUCAACUCUACGAUUUAUUUGUGAGUGCGAAUGGACCAACGCUUUCUGACGGUGUAGUGUAUGUCGUUGACGGUGGAUUUUUACUGCACAAAGUAAUUUGGCAAAAAAAUGAUACGGUAGAAGAGAUAAUGAAUAAAUAUUUGCGCUAUGUAGAAAAACAUUACGCAGUAAGCAGCUAUAUUGUCUUUGAUGGGUAUCCUGAAAUUAAAAAAUCAGUUAGUGUCACAACAGUACCAGCAGCUACUUCAACUAAAGAAGGAGAACGUAGUCGUAGAAAAACCUCAGACAAUAUUCCAGAGUUCGAUUAUCAAAAUCAUACAAAAAUACCUUUUUUGCAAGAAAAAUUUUUAUCUAACGAGAAAAAUAAGGAUAAAAUAAUAAAAACUUUGAUGAAAAGAUUACAGUCACGAGGAUUUUCCUGUAACCAAGUAGAAGAAGAUGCUGAUGCUGACAUAAUUGAAACCGCAAUAAAAGUAGCAAUGAGUACCAAUAAAACUGUCAUUGUUGUGGGUCAAGAUAUUGAUCUUUUGGUCCUUUUAAAUCAGUUAAAUUCAUGUAAUCAUGACAUUUAUUUUCUCAAACCAGGUUCUGGAAAUGUAAAAGACCUAUUUUUCACGUCUCAUAGUUUCAAACAUGAAUCCUUAAGAAACAUUGUUGCAUUUCUGCAUUGUUUUUCUGGUUGCGAUACAACAUCUGGAUUUGCCGGAAAAGGAAAGAAAAGUAUCGUCAAUUCAUUAUUAGACGCUAAAAAUUUGUCAAAUUUGGCCAAUGUUUUUUAUAAGAAAGAUGCAAGUAACGAAGAAAUAAAAAAAAAUGGGUUACAACUAAUCAAAUCUAUUUAUAAAUGUAAAAAUGAAAAAAUUACACUGAAUCAAUUGAGGUUUAAAAAAUAUCAAUUGGCAAAAAUUAAAUCAUCUUUCGUUUUGGCUAACCUCCCACCCACAGAAGGAGCAGCAGAACAACAUUGUUACAGAGCAUAUUAUCAGCUUCAAACUUGGUUGGGUAACGAACUAACAGCAACAGAUUGGGGCUGGAAGCAAUUUCAACGUGGAAUUAUGCCCAAAUUUACACAAAAAGAAUUAAUUCCGGAAAUAUUGCUCAAAACUAUUUGCUGCAGCUGUGAAACUGGAUGUAACAGUUUGAAAUGUGGUUGCCGAAAACAUGGUUUAAAAUGCACAAAUUUAUGUUCAAACUGUCAAGGUUCUGAAAAUUGCUCCAAUAUUGAAGAAGAAACCUAUGCGAAAGUUGAUGAUUCAGAAGAAAUUGUGGAUGAAGAACCAACGCAGUCUGGAAAUAAUGUUGGAGAGGAAGAAGGUGAUAGUUAUGAAGAUUUCGAAGAUCUACUAGAGUCGGAGAUGUUUGACGAAUCUAACGAUGAAGAAAUGCCAGCAAAAAGACAAAAACUAAUGGAUAAGUGA